AUGAGCGACACAAACAAUCAACUGCUGCUCUUGCUCGCCGCCGCCCAACAACAGCAACAACAACAGCAACAACAACAACAGGCGGCCGCCACGUUUCAACAACAAUUGGCCCGAUUUCAAAACGCCACGUCAUCUUCUGGAUCCGCGAAUGUCACGUCAUCAUCAGACGCCAAAAGUCCGGCGCAACAGCAAAAUGUUGUGGCGCAACAAAUUGCACAACUCGCGCAAGUGGGACUGUUGGCGGCGGCCCAGAAAAAAUCGACGCCUACACAAUCGACGUCGUCUGGAGCCAGUGCCAUGUCAUCAAGCGUCGUGCCGGGCAUCUCUCCCGAAUUGAUGAUGAUGUGGCAACAGGCGGUGCAAAUUCAGGCCCUUCAACAAAUGAUGAUGACGCCGCCGCCGCCAAAGUCGCAGAUGGAGGAGGCGAUCAAAAAAAUGAUGGAGAUGGCGAAGAAGCCGAAAAAUGCGACGCCAUCGUCGACACCGAAUCCGAAUGCCACGUCGUCUGACGGAAAUAACGUGAUGAAUUCGGUAAUGUGGAACCUCGUGGCCGCGCAAAUGCAACAACAGAAAACGCAACAGCAGAAGGAGAAUCAGAGGAAAGCGGUUGGUCGUUUUGGAGAAUUUUCUGGAAAAAAACGUUAUUUAUUAUUUUUAGGCAAAUUAUCCUUUUUGUGGUUGUGAAAAACCGAAAAGAACGAAAAAGAACUGUAAUUUAAAGCCGCAGGACUCUAAUUUUGUCAAAACUUUCGGUUGUUUGGCUAAAAUUGUGUUUGUUUAAUUUUUUGCAAACCAAUUUGCCGCUUUUGAGUAAAAAUGCGACAAAAGUUCGAUUCUCCGCAACGGAAGAUGACCCCUUUUUCUUACAGGAACAAAUUCGAAAAGCGCGCGAAGAGGCGAAGAAGCAGCAGAAGGAGCAAGAGAUGAAAACGAAGCAACAAGAGGAAAUUGUGAAGUUUCUGAUGGCGCAACAUCAAGUCGGUCAGCAGAAGAAGCAGCAGAAGAAGCAGGAAGAGGCGGCGGCGCUGGCGGCGGUGUUGACGGCGCGCGCGAAGGCCGCCGUGGCCGCGGCGAGCGGUGCGGACCACGCGGAAGAGACGCGGAAGCUCGCGGAGGCGAUGAUUCGGCUGCCGCUCCAGUUGGGAUGGCGGCGGCAGACGUGCGUGCGGAGUCUGACCGCGAACAGCGUCAAAGGAGACGUCUCCUACUUUGCGCCGUGCGGAAAGAAGUUGGGCACCUACUCGGAAGUGGUUAGGGUGAGUAAAAGCGCUCACGAUUUUAUAAAAACCAAGUUUACAGUACCUCUCGAAGAACGGCAUCAACUACAUGACGCGCGAGAAUUUUGCGUUCACCACCAAAACACUCAUCGGCGAAUUCAUCGUGCCAAAGAGUUCGGAAGCCGACGAGACACGUCAGGAACGCGAGUUCGUGCUCAUGACCGAAGAGGAGAUGGCCAAGGAGAUGACCCGAAUGAAAGAGGCGCCCAAGAUUACGGUAGCCGCCGCGCUCGCCGCACUCAAAGCCAACUCCGCGGAUCUUGACGACGAUUCGAAGCUCAAAAUGCAUUCCUCGGAGGCCACGUCCACGACAGUUGCCCAUCGGCAUACUGUAAUUGAGGAGCCCGAAGAGCCCCUCGACCCCCUGGAGCUCAACGAUGAAUUUUUGGAUGAACCGCAUGGGACCGGCGCGCAAAAUGGUGGAGUGGUGGUCGCGGAAGAGUGCAAAGCACGGGAACGCGAGACCGACGAUCUUUUGGUGAAUGCAAGCGAUAUUCGGCACUUUCCCGAAUUUUCUCGAAUCCAAAACCAGAAUCUGAGCUCGCAGGGAUUCGCCGACGCGCUUCAAGUACACGAGUUUGUGCAAAACUUUGGACAUGUUCUAGGAAUUGGUGAGUAUUUUUUGCUAACUAUGCAAACGUGCUCCACCGUACUCUACACUCUGCUUGUGAAAAACGUGUGAACAACGAGCAAUUCUGAUAAAAUUUCAAUAAAAAUGCAUAAGUGGAGCGCAUCCAACUAGAAUUCCAUUCGCAAAAUCAUUUUAUCAAUAUUGUAGAUCUGGAAAAAGCGCCGAAACUCGAAGCGCUCUGUUGUGGAUUGGCCGGCGACGCCGAGAAAGCCGACUCGAUUUUGCAGCUGACUAGGCAAUUAUUACGGUUGGCUCUCGAAUUUCCGGGAAUGGGAAACGAGAAGAGGUACGGUAGAUUACUGUAGUUUUGCUCUUCUCAAAACCAGUUUUUUUUCCAUUCAGAUUCGGUCAAGGCGGCGGCGAAAUGGGCCUGGAUCGCGAGAAUUUCAGCGAAGUUAUGCGACUCUUCCUCGUCGACAAGGGAAAACGCGGCGAAGAGGUGAGCUGUAAUUUUUUUUUUUAGGAUUGGCUAAUAUUUUUUACAAACUGCCAAGAUGAUUUGCGUCGUUUUCAGCCAAAACAGGAGUAUGUAGCAUUUUUUUGAACAAAGCUGUGAUUUUUCAAAAUUGCACCAAAUUUUUCUAACUCGCUCAACUUUGAAAAAUCAUAACUUUGUUCAAAAAAAUGCUGCACACUCCCGCUUUGGCUUAAAAUGACGGAAAUCAUCUGGAGACGAACACUUUCCAAAAGAUCUCAACCUCCUUAUUUUCCAGAUUUCCCGCCCACUCCUCAACUCGAAUUUCGUGGCGAUCAGCGGCGAGGAGAAGGCCGCAAUCCUGGCGUUUCUGUGCGAUGAGCUCGUGUGCUCACGGAAUGUGGUCACCGAAAUCGAUCGGAAUCUCGACGAGAUUUCACGUCUACGCGGCGAGAAAUGGAUGCGCGAGGGCAAGGCGCGCGCGCUCAAAGCCGCCGUGAAAACGAAGAAUUUGACCGUUGCUGUGGCUCAAGAAAAUCAUCAGGAAAGUGACUCGGAACCGCCGACCCGUCCAGUCACACCCAAAAAACCGACAACAACUGUGCCGAACACGACGUCGCCACCAGUGGUCCCUCGAAAGUUCACGCCCGGUCUCGGCCAAUGCGAAGUGCUCACCGAGCACGAAGAAUCGAUGAGCCAGCCGGAAAUGGACGCGCUCAUCGGCCGUCUUCACGUCGAGGCGCACGAGAUCAACGAGAAAAUCCACGCGGCGCACCACAAAAUUCGCACUUUCCCGUUCGGCACCGAUCGUUUUCACCGCAACUAUUGGCUGCUCGCGCACACGGACGCGGUGCUCGUCGAGUCGGUCAGCACCGCCGGCGCCCACAAUCCGGCGUGCAAUGUGCAAGAAAUUGCGGCCCGAGAUCCGCCGCUUUUGGAGAAACGACUGACCGGAUUUGGCGCCGAGUUUUUCGAAAAAAUCGAUGACGACGUGAUCGGCAUCGUCGAGGAUUUGAUCGAUGAGGUCGUGUUGCAGCGGGCGCGAGCGGAUAAAAAGAUGCGAAAACGGUAUCGACGCGUCGAGAAUCAGAUGAAGAGAGGAUGGUGGACACUGCCCAAUCGGUAAGCCAAAUUUUCGGUUUUUUGCUCCGCUGCACUUUGCUUUUCUCAUUUUAUUGCAGCAAAGCGCGUGAAACUUGAAACUGCUUAAAACAACACUAUUUUGACGAAAACUAUACUUUCAGAGACUGUAUCGAACCGCUGCGAACGGCGCUUCUCGGCCGCGGGAUUCGCGAGCGUGCCCUCCACCGACUACUCACCAAGCCGUGGUUCCUCAACGAUCUCAAGUUCGGCACCAUUUCGCUGGAGCCGCUCGGCGAGCUCACCGACGUGGCACUCGUCGAAGGUCAGGGAUGGGUGCGGCUCAACGAGGCGGUCGAAAAAUUGCGGAUCCAUCUGAAGAUGUCGGAUGUGGCGAGGCCGGAGUACGCGCAGACGGAGCAGAAACCGACGGUUGUUCCGACGACGAUGGCGCUGGCGCAAGUGGUGAAGGACGAUACGGAGUGGAAGAUUUUGGAGGCCACGAACCCGCUGGAUCAUUUAGAUCCGACCGAAGUUCGAAAGAAAAUCAUCGAAACGGCGGAGAUGGUUGAUCCGAAAUACUGGCGGCCUCGUUUCCGAGCCCCAGAAGAUUCCGAUGACGUGUGCCAACUGUUCGAAGACUGGAAACAGUACGUACUUGACGAAGCCGAAACCAGCAGCCAACUCAUGGUCGCCCUACAAGCGCUCGAAGGAAUGAUCAUGUGGGAGCGUGCGUCGCGAGAGGCGCUUUGUCAAAUUUGCAAGAGUAUGGACGGAGACGAGAUGUUGGUGUGCGAUGGAUGUGAAAGCGGAUGUCAUAUGGAGUGCUUUCGAGUGAGUUUUGACAUACAUCCAUGUGAAUAGCAGAGUUGAGCGGAAGAAUUUUUAUCUUUUUUAGAAAAUUUUUUCAUGAAAUGUGAUUAACUGACGAAAUGUAUAGCAAAGUGAACUCUGCUCAUAGAAAAAUAAUUGUGAAUUUAGCUUUUCCUACAAAAAAGUUAUUCGAGUUGUUCCGUGAAAAAAAGGCUAACCGAAGACGGAAGGACAUUUUCACGGAACCAAUCGAAUAAGUCUUUUGUAUGAAAAGUUAAAUUUACAAUUAUUUUUCUAUGCGCAGGGUUCACUUUGCUAUACAUUUCGUCAGUUGAUCACAUUCCAUGAAAAAAUUUUUUUAAAAAGAGACAAAUUCUUCUGUGUUCUUCCGUUGAGUUCUUCCGCUUAACUCUGGCUCUCACCCAUAAGGCUGGAGUUCCAUUCCUCGCACAGGAAAAUGUCUUUUGCUUUCUUUUUUGCUUUGCUUCUCUAAACUGAAAAUGUGUCAAAUUUGCAGCCCCGAAUGACAAAAGUGCCCGACGGCGACUGGUUCUGUCAGCGGUGUCGCGAGGAGAAGUCAGGCCGGCCGAUGUGCAUGUUCUGCAGCCGCGAGAGUGGAGUGUUGUACCGCUGCCAACGGUGCGCCUACCACGUGCAUCAGGAGUGCGCCCAACAAGACGGACCGAAGGAGCCUAUCCACGCGGAGACGUUCAUUUGUACGCAUUGUCAAGAGAUGAAACAGAUGCGAUUCGUGAAAAGACUCAUGCUGCGAGGCGAGUCGGAAGAACGAGAGAACGAGGAAGGCGAGCAGGAGCACGAGCCAAAGAAUGGUAGUGCGAACGGUGUCGGAGCCAACGGGACCGCACAUCAUCAGAACGGUGGCGCCAAAGUGGGUCUGAAGCGGAAAUUGGAGCCGCAGAGCGUCGGCGGACUUCCGCAGAACAUGAACAAGGAGUUGUGUCAGUUGAUGCUCGAUGAGCUGAUGGCGCAGACGAACGCCAUUCCGUUUUUGCAACCGGUCAAUCCGAAACUCGUGCCCGGCUAUAAAAUGGUCAUUGUGAAGCCGAUGGAUUUCGGGACGAUCAAGACGAAGAACGCGAAGAAUUUGUGAGUUUUUGUUGAGCGGCUAAACCUGAAGUAUAAACGUUUGCAACUUGAUUUCAAAAGUUAACAAUAUCCGGAUCGUGUUAAGUGCAAACUGGAGUAUUUGACUCAAUUUUUAAGAAAGUUAUGGGUCAUCAAAGUUGAGCCCGCUCUGAUCUGGACUUUAAAAAGUGUUUUAAGCUUUCUUCGAGUUUUGACCUGAAAAAUGGGUUAAGCAUGUACUAGACAACAUGUUUCACAAAUUAAAUUACAGGUACGAGACCCCGGAAGACUUUGCCGCCGAUGUGGAGCUCAUCUUCGCGAACUGCCGUCAAUUCAACAUUGAUCACUCGGAAAUCGGGCGGGCCGGCAUGAAUUUGAACAAGUUUUUCCUGAAACGAUGGAAACAAUUGAAGUACAAUUUCACGAAGCGACUACGCAGACUUCAUCGUCAUUGAUUGAAAUUAUCGAUGAUUUUUUAAUCACUUUUCCCUGUUCUCAAUCACAUCUCUUCCGGGUUUUUCGACUGUCAUUUGUUUUUAUGUGAAUACUCUCCAUUAUUAUGUACUUAUCCUCGUGUACACGUGUACAUUUUCAAGCCCCCCCCCCCCUCCUUUUUUUCGUGCAAAUACAUUUCCCGAACUCAAGUGUGUGUUUCCUAUGAUGAUGAUCUUGUAUAACUGUUUGAUUGAUCUUACUUUUAUCCGUUUUUUCUCAUGCAAUGAAUUAAUGCGGAAGUCGGAAGAAUAAAUGGAAAAAUGAAGACUGAAAUACUUAGUUACUUUGUUUAUUCAUCGCGAAAGACCGGUAAAAGAAGAGGGGAUAGGGAGGUAUUACUGUGAGUAAAAAAAACAUAAACAAAAAACAAAAAACAAAAAGAAACACAAAAACAAAAAAGUUCAAACUCCUUGAAAAACGUUUUUGCUCAAUGUGCUCUAGAAUGCUUCUACUGUGUCUGUAGAAGGCAAAAAAAACACAAUGGGACACUCUGAAACCUCCUAUCUUCAAGAAAACUGACAAUCUCGAAUGCCUCUUCACGGUCUCCAGAGCUUACAAUGGGCGCAAGUGCGCCCCGCCCAAUAGAGCGAUCCAUUGGCGCGAAAUUCAAAUUUUAACAGAAAAAAUUGUGUUUUUUGGCAGAUUAGCCACGAAAAACCGAUAAUUUUUCAUUUGUCUCUCGAUAAUCCAAUUGUAUAGGCUAUUACGAAUUUUUUUAAGCGCAAGAGCGUUAAAUUUGGUCAAGUCGCAAAUCACAUUUAUCCGUUUGAAGGUUUUUGGCUAAAACUGCCUGAAUUUCAGUUGUUUUUCGGUAGUUUUCGCGGUUCGAGCGCUCAAAAUACUUGUAUUUACGUGAUUUAUCAUUCUCAAAACCAAUUCUGUCUGAAAACGGUCAAGAAAGCGCAAAAUGAGAAGUGCGGUUUUGAGGCGGCGAAGGCGAAAAAGCAAAGUCCGCGAAAAAUGCGCCAAAACGUCAUUAAUUCUGAGAAUUAGUGUGUUUUCAUGUCGAACAAUCAUUUUUCAUCGCCGUUGACCACAAAAAUCAGAGAAAACCUGCUCAAUUCAUGAAAACGCCAUUUGGCCGAGGCCACGCCCAUAUUGUCAGCUCUGGAGACCGUGUCUUGUUUUUUUUGUUUCCCUUUUCUACCUUUUCUUGAAUUACUUUUCAGAACCCAAUUCCAAUGUUUGUGUCGCCCAAAAACUUGCAUUCAACCAACGCGCGUACAUUUGAUUAAUGUCUCCCUCACGCGGAAAGUUACAAAUGUUAUUCUAGUAGUAAAUCUGAAGAUUUUCCGCAUUGAUAUCAAAGGUAUGUGUAAAGAGAAAGAAGAAGAAAUGAAUGAUACAUCUUCUUCGUUUCCCCCUUUUACAUGGUCUUCACAUUUUCUGAUUCCUUUCAACGAAACUUUUGUAGGCCAGGCAGCUCUUUUCGAUAAAAACAUUACCGAUGAUCUUUCGAUUUUUGAUUUUUUUUUUGCCCGAAGAGAUGUACGUCACACGACUACUGUAGACCAACUUUUUUUCUUUCCGAGACGCACACGUGCUGUCUAGAAACAUUCUUGUGUCGGCAAUGAUAAUGGCAAAAAGUAUUUGUCAUUAAAAUAAUGCAAUAUAAUGUUCCGGCGCAGUUUUUCCCGAAAAACGUAAAUUUUUGAUUUUUUACUUGCAAUGUCCGUGUUUGUCGCUAAUUUUACGCUUCAAACUAACAAGACAAUCGCGCCCUGUCGCUCAUUUUCAAUUUUUAUCGAAAAAUCGGAGGAAACCCGCUUCUGUUCACUUUUUCGUUUAAAUUUCGACAAGAUUAGCGAAAACCCGAAAAACUCGGAGAAGAACGGCUUUUCCCACUUUUUUGACGAAAAUUCACUCAAUUUCCUCCAUUUUCAUUUCCACUGUUCGUUCAUUUUUAAUUAUUGACCAAGAAAAGUGUCACGUGGCGGAAUGUCAACACGAAUAGAUCAAAUAUUUUGUUAGAGGCGCGAGAAUCCGCAAAAUCAAAUAGAAAUGUGCGUCAUUCGCUUCUGUUUGGCCACGUUUCUUCCCUUCUUUUCUCGACAAAUUCGACCUAGGCAAUUUUCCACCUUUUCCCCCCAAUGUUCUGCGGCCACGUGGGCACAAAAAGAGGCGGAGGCGGAAGUCUGUGUCUGAAAAAAAGACUGCUAAUCUUGUGAUUUGCCUCAUUUUUCUCAUAUAUCUCAAUCUUUUCCAUGUUUCCGCAGUGCCACGAGACCUAAAUUGGAUUUGCGAGCUCCGCAUCGCUUCUCUCCGUCUCUUUUUCUUUCCAGCUUUCUCGUCCCUCCACUUUUUCUCUCUCUUAUGGGAAAAUGGGAAACGCCACGAGGCGCGUGCCCUUUUUUUGUACUUUUUCUGGGAAUUAUUGCAAAAAAAAAGCGUGCGUUUUCCCGCAUUUUUCGCCGUUUUGCAGACAAAAAAUCGACGGAACGAUGGCGGCGACGAACGGAAAUGUGGAGAAGCCAAACAAGUAUUUUGACAAAAAGGACAAACGCGACUUUCUUUAUCACUUUGGAUUCGGCGUCGACACGAUCGAUAUUCCGGCGGUUUUCGGCGAUACCAAGGUAGUAUGCACCUUUUCCCUCUAAACGUUUUCUGUAAUUUGCAUUGAGCGUCAUCUUUUUCUACCAACAAUGCUUAGAAAAAUUCUCGAUCACAUGCUUUUCUCACCUUCUACUUCUGUAUUCUGUGAAUACGAAAUUAGGAGCCACGUGUCGAAUUUCCGAGCUAAAAUUACAUUUCGAAGGCAAAAACAAAAACACAUAGCUCACAGGGUCACUUUUUUUUUGUUUUGACCUGAAAAUGCAAUUUUCUUUUGCAGUUUGUGUGCACGGGCGGCUCGCCGGGACGUUUCAAGCUCUACGCCGAGUGGUUCGCCAAAGAGACGAACAUCAAAUGCUCGGAGAAUUUGUCGCGUUCCGACCGUUUUGUGAUCUACAAAACCGGACCGGUGUGCUGGAUCAAUGUACGGUGUUUGCGCAAUGUUUGAACCUCAAAAUUUUAUUAUUUUUUUCAGCACGGAAUGGGCACUCCGUCCCUGAGCAUAAUGCUCGUCGAAUCGUUCAAAUUGAUGCACCAUGCGGGUGUCAAAAAUCCGACGUAAGGGAUUUUCACUAAACACCGUCAAAAAUGAGUUUUUGUCAGGUUCAUCCGUCUGGGAACGUCGGGCGGAGUGGGCGUACCGCCCGGAACCGUCGUCGUCUCGACCGCAGCUAUGAACGCGGAGCUCGGCGACACUUAUGUGCAGGUCAUUGCCGGAAAAAGGGUACGCUUUGUGUAGAAGUGAAUUUUAGCAAUUUGUUUCUGCAAAAUAAAAGUUUCAGAUCGAGCGCCCGACGCAACUGGACGGAACCCUUCGCGAGGCGCUUUGCGACGUCGCAAAACAGAAGAAUAUUCCGGUGGAGACGGGAAAAACGUUGUGCGCCGACGAUUUUUAUGAGGGUGAGAGCGCUUUGUUUUUUCAGGGUUUUCAUACACAUAGUUGUAGGCCAAAUGCGUCUGGACGGCUACUUUUGCGACUACGAGGAAGAGGACAAGUACGCGUUUCUGCGCAAACUGAACGAGUUGGGCGUGCGCAACAUCGAGAUGGAAUCCACGUGUUUCGCGUCGUUCACGUGCCGCGCCGGCUUCUCGUCGGCCAUCGUCUGCGUCACUCUUCUCAACCGCAUGGACGGCGAUCAGGUAACGAAUUUGUUUUAGAAUGCGACAAGUCGGUUGACGUGUUUCGCGUGAAGCGACCUUCAAAGUGUCUCAACUUUCUCAAUUUUGCACAUUUUUGACGGUUGAGCGCUCAAAUCGAAGUUUACCACUCAGACAAUCAGUCCAUCAAAACGAAAUUUAAAGGCGCACGCACAAAUGUGCUCAUUUUUCCGCAUUUUCAGGUGCAAAUCGCGAAGGAGCAGUACGUCGAGUACGAGGAACGCCCAUUCCGGCUCGUGACCGCCUACAUUCGCAAAACAACCGGAAUCUAG